AUGCGCCUGCAAGUAAAAAUUAGCAGAAGAAUUGACGUCACCCCAAUAAAAGCCAUAUAUUUACUGUCUAGCCCCACUCUGGAAGAAAAGAGAAAGCAGUAUCCCGCCCACCUCUUCUUCCCCUUGGAGGAGCUUCAUCAUCCGUCAUUUCUGAAAGAUGUUAGCCGUAAGGCUCGAGAGCGCUACUAUAAAAUCCUCUUCAAUGAAAAAUUGUCCAUAGCUGAACAAAAGAGGAUGAUCAUGGAAGCCGUUCAUUUCCCUAUGAGAAUUAUUGAACCACUCCAGGAAGAAGUCAAGCGCUUCUACGGUAAGAUGGGGAAGCGCAUGGAGCAGACGAAC